GGCGGGCAGGGAUGACGCGCAGGCGGAAGUAGCGCUUGCGGGCGGCGCGCAGUAUGGCGGCGCGGGCGGUGGUGGCGGGCAGGCCUUGGCGGCGGCUGGUGCCCGCGGCGCUGUGGGAGCGGCCGCGCCGCCCGCAGCAUGAGGGGCGGCCCGACCAGCCUAUACAAAUGGAGAACCCCUAUAAAGAGCCUCCUAAAAAAUGUGUCUUAUGUGGAAUAAAGGUGGACUACAAGAAUGUGCAGCUUAUUUCCCAGUUUGUUUCUCCACAUACUGGCUGCAUUUAUGGCAGACAUAUAACAGGCUUGUGCAACAAGAAGCAGAAGGAAAUUACAAAAGCCAUUAAAAGAGCUCAGGUAUUUGGAUUUAUGCCAGUUAUGUUUAAGAACCCAUCAUUUCUCACAGACCCCAAGAUAUGUAAUGUCAAGUAUCCAGAGUAAUAUUCUGUCAAGAAAUAAACAAUAAAACUACUUUUCAUGUUUCUA